UUGGUUGAAUUUAGUGGAAUAAACUGUUUCGAAACACGGAGGGAUCAGUUUGCGUAUUAAAAUUGACUCUGUUUUUUUUCUCUAAAAAUAAAGUUUGGAAGGAAAGGGCAACACGAUGUGAUUUAACAAGGAAACCUACAGUUUAAAUUGUUAUACUGUUUUACGGAAAUCAAGUGAAUCGAAUCAUUAUUACAUAUUUCAAUGUAUUUUGUCAAUAUGUUACGAAUGCGUAGUGAACAUAAUGAGGAGUAAAAUGCCACCAUUUCGAAGGAAAAAAUCUGGAAAAUCUUUCCCCGUUAAAGUCUGUACGCUAGACGCUGAACUGGAAUUCAGUUUGGAGUGGAGAUCAACAGGAAGAGAUCUCUUUGAUUUAGUCUGUCGUACAAUAGGAUUAAGAGAAACAUGGUAUUUUGGACUUCAGUAUGAAGAUGCUAAAGGAUUUAUAUCUUGGUUAAAAUUGGACAAAAAAGUACAAGAUCAGUGUAUUUCUCAACAACCUACAACUCCUUUCAUGUUUUUGGCAAAGUUCUAUCCAGAGGAUGUUGCCGAGGAAUUGGUACAGGAAGUAACCCAGCACUUGUUUUUUCUACAAGUGAAGCAGGCUAUCCUUUCCAUGGACAUUUAUUGUCCACCAGAAGCAUCUGUAUUGUUAGCUUCUUAUGCAGUUCAAGCAAAGUAUGGAGACUAUGAUGAAGUUUCAUAUCGUCCAGGAAUGCUUGCUAGUGAGGACUUAUUACCACAAAGGGUUAUUGAUCAAUAUCAAAUGACACCUGAAAUGUGGGAGGACAGGAUAAAAAUUUGGUAUGCUGAUCAUCGUGGGAUGUCCAGAGAUGAAGCAGAAAUGGAAUAUCUAAAAAUUGCUCAAGAUCUUGAUAUGUAUGGUGUAAAUUAUUUUCCUAUUAGUAAUAAAAAAGAAACUGACCUUUGGUUGGGAGUCACAGCCCUGGGAUUGAACAUUUAUGAAAAGGAAAACAAGCUGGCACCAAAAACGACGUUUACGUGGUCAGAGAUACGACACAUCAGUUUUGAUGACAAGAAGUUCGUAAUAAAACCAGUGGAGAAAACAUCGCCGAACUUCGUGUUCUUCUCGCAGAAAGUUCGGAUGAAUAAAUUGGUAAAAAAACAGACAAAUGUUGGCAGCUGGGUGAAGGGUCUGAUAGCUUUAGGAUUCGACGAACAAAACAAUGACAAAGCUGCUCACAUAUUAUUUGUUAAGAUCCUGGACCUGUGUAUCGGCAACCACGAUCUAUUUAUGAGAAGACGCAAGCCUGAUUCCAUGGAGGUACAGCAGAUGAAAGCACAGGCCAAAGAGGAAAAGUCAAGGAGACAAAUUGAAAGAAAUAAACUGGCACGAGAAAAACAACUCCGAGAAGCAGCAGAAAGAGAAAAAGCUGCUAUGGAACAACGUCUCCUACAAUAUCAGGAAGAAAUUCGUUUAGCAAAUGAAGCACUUAGGAGAUCCGAAGAAACUGCAGACCUACUAGCUGAGAAGAGCCGUGUAGCUGAAGAAGAAGCAAUGUUAUUAAGUCAGAAAGCUUCAGAGGCGGAACAAGAGAUUACGCGUAUACGAUUGAACAAUAUGAAAACCGAGGAGGAGAAGGUUCAUCUGGAACGAAAAACAAGGGAAGCCGAAUUACUAACAGAGAGGCUAGUACAAGAAUCAGAACGAAGAGCUGCAGAAGCAGAAAAAUUAAAGGAUGAACUUUUACGUGCACGUAUUGCCGAAAAAGAAGCGAAAGAGAAGUUGUUAGAAUUCCUCAGCAGAAAUGCUUAUACUGCUACUAUAGCUCCUGUGCCAAAUCUAUUUCCAUCGACACAAGUUCUUCCAUCAGAUUUGCAAGCAGAUCUUCAAACACUGCAAUUAGACACAGAACCUCUGCCAGCCGAUCUAACUUCCUAUGAUCUUAUUGCUGAUGGAGACGUCGAUCAACUUUCUCUGGAAAUUGAGAAAGAAAGAGUUGACUACUGGGAGAAAAGCAAGCAUUUACAAGAGCAGCUAAGAGAAUUGCGUACAGAAAUUGAGGUUAUGAAGGUCGGAGAAAAACAGUGCGAAUUAGACCAGUUACAUGAAGAACAAGUGCGACUCGGUGAGAACAAGUAUAGUACGUUAAAAAAAGUGAAGUCUGGGUCCACUAAGGCCAGAGUUGCGUUUUUUGAAGAGUUGUAGUUGAUGUGUUCUUAAAGGAUUGAAAAAUUAAUUAACAUUUUACCAAGAAGAGGUGAAAUAAAUAGGCGAUUGGGUAUGAAAGAAUCUCGUAGACAUGUACGUAUAUAUACGUUCUAAAAUACUAAAAUGUAUGCUUUUUCUUGUAUUUUAGUGACAGUUCGAUU